AUGCUCGUUGGUUUCGACGCCAAAUCCUCCGGAACCAAUGAUGAGGAAGGAGCUUCCGGCUCGCGCAUGGGAACAAGUAGCAAUCGAUUUUCUGGGACCUCUUCUGAAGGUGAACAUCUGCUAGUAUGCGUCGAUUAUUACAGUCGAUACCUAGAGGUCGUCGAAAUGAAUGAUAUUUCAAGUGCUUCCACCAUCAGAGAAUUGUUGACCAUUUUUUCACGUUACGGAAUUCCUGAAUCCCUUCGAGCAGAUAACGGUCCGCAGUUUUCGUCCGCAGAAUUCCGAACAUUUUGUGAGGAAUACGGCAUUCAUUUGGAAAGUACGAUACCUUACUGGCCACAAAUGAAUGGCGAAGUAAAGCGGCAAGACCGUUCUAUAAUGAAGCGGCUAAAGAUAGCGCAGGAACUCGGGCAGGAUUGGCGGAAGAAACUUCGGAAUUUUUUGUUAAUGUAUCAUGCGGCCAAACAUUCAACUACCGGCAGAGCACCAUCAGAAUUGAUGUUUGGUCGCCGUACUCGUACAAAACUGCCUACUGUCCCUUCUGUUACUGGUUCCGAUGAGGCAGUGAGAGAACGCCAUAUGGUGGAAAAAGAAAAGGGGAAGAACUAUGCUGAUAGCCGGCGAAGAGCAAGACCCAGCAGCAUAGAGGUCGGAGAUGUAGUUUUGGCAAAGCGGAUGAGAAAUGAGAACAAGCUCAGUUCAGAGUUUUCUCCAGAGGAGUUCAUAGUUGUGAAUAAGAGAGGAAUGGAUGUAACCAUUCGCUCAAGUUUAACUGGGAAGGUGUUCAACAGGAGUGCUGCGCAUUUGAAGGUCUUACUAAAGGGUACAGGUGAUUCAGAGGAACUGGGUGAAAAAUCACAUGAGGAUGAACAAAUACCAGUGCCGGUAUCAAGCGCAAAUAAGGACGCGGUGAACUUGGAAGAGUCAGUUAUAGAUUUUAGUGAAGAGAACGUAAUAACAGGAUCAAAGAGAAAUAGAGUUGAGCCAAGUCGUCUGAAGGACUUUAUUAAAUAUUGA